AUGACCUUUGCCCAAGAGAUUCACACCUUCCACUCGGGCCAGCCGCAGCCCAAGACCUCAUCCACCGCCAACACCUUCCAAUCCAUCGACCCUAGUACCGCCGCGCCCCUUGCCACCAUCUAUACCUCAACCCGCCAACAAAUCGACGACGCCGUCGCCUCGGCCCACGCGGCCUUCCCGACUUGGUCGCAGACGCCCGCGCCUAAACGCGCCGCCAUCCUUCUCCGUGCCGCCGCGUUGCUCCGCGCCCGCAACGAUGCCCUCGCCCUGACCGAGACGCUCGACACGGGCAAGGCCUGGUCCGAGACGUCGACCGUCGACGUCGUCACUGGCGCCGACGUCCUCGAGUACUACGCCCACAUGGUCGCCGGCGGCCAGCCAGGACAGCACACCACCCUCCGCCCCGACGCCUACAUCCUUACUACCCACGAGCCACUCGGCGUCUGCGCCGGCAUCGGCGCCUGGAACUACCCCAUCCAGAUUGCCCUCUGGAAGUCGGCUCCUUGCCUCGCCGCCGGCAACUGCAUGGUCUACAAACCCAGUGAGGUCACCCCGCUCCACGCAAACACCCUCGCGCAAAUCUACCUUGAGGCUGGCGUACCGCCUGGUGUCUUCAACGUCAUUUACGGUGAUGGCCCCAGCGCCGGCGUGCCCCUCGUCUCCCACCCCGGCAUCGCCAAGGUCUCCUUCACCGGCCAGGUCAGCACUGGCAGCAAGGUCGCCGCCUCAGCCGCCAAGGACAUGAAGGGCAUCACCAUGGAACUCGGUGGCAAGAGUCCUGUUGUCAUCCUCCCCGACGCAGACGUCAAUGAGGCCGCCGACGUCGCCAUGGCGGCCAACUUCUUCUCCACUGGCCAGGUCUGCACCAACGGCACCCGCGUCUUCGUCCCCGACUCCCUCCUGCCCGCCCUUGAGCAGGCCCUGAUCAAGCGCUGCCGCGAAGGCAUCCGCAUGGGCAUGCCCCGCGAUGAGGCCACCAACUUCGGGCCCCUCGUCUCCGCCCCGCACAUGGACAAGGUCAAGGCCUACAUCCAGCACGGCAAGGACGUCGACCGCGCCAAGGUCCUCUACGACGGCGCCACCGAGGCCCAGAGCAAGAAGCCCACCCCCAACGGAUACUGGGUGCCGCCUGUCAUCUUCACCAGCUGCAACGACGACAUGCGCGUCGUCCGCGAGGAAAUUUUCGGUCCCGUCAUGUGUCUCCUACCCUACUCUGUCCGUGGCCGCACCCAAGACCAGUGGCUCGCCGACGUCGUCCGCCGUGCCAACGACACUUCCAUGGGCCUCGCCGCCGGCGUCGUCUCCUCGGACCUCAGCCUCGCCCAGGACGUCAUCCGCCAGCUGCACGCUGGCAUCACCUGGAUCAACACCUGGGGUGAGUCUCCCGCCGAGAUGCCCGUCGGCGGCUGGAAGAUGAGCGGUAUCGGCCUGGAGAAUGGCGAGGAAGGUAUUCGCGCCUACAUGCGCACGAAGAGCACACUAGUGCAGCUCGGCAAGGGUGCCUGCGCUGGCUUGUUUGCGAAGCUGUAA